AGUGGGCCCCCGCCUUCUCCCUCGACCGGGCCUAGAGCCACCCCCAACCUGAGAAGCCAGAGACGAAGCUGGAGCUGCUGCCGCAUCCUGGCCCAGCCUCCCCCAACAUCCCUCUCCCCGGUUGGACAUCUGGACUCUGGGCCCCGCACCGACAGGGUUCCGGAAACCCUCCCCGCCCAGCUCCGCUGGCCGGGCCCCGCACCGCCCCCUCUCGAGAGCCCCCUGCCCUUCUCCAAACCAGACUUCCGCCCACCCCUGGACGCCCCCUCUCUGUCGCCUCCCUCCCCACCUCCCCCAGCCUGGACCAGGGUAGGAGGGAGGGGGGGUGUGCGCCCUGCGCCAUCCCCGCCCCGCCCCCCGUGAGUCCCCCUGCAUGGCCGGCCCGGGUGGGGGACGCGGGGGGGCCCGGGCGCCAUGCGGGGGGGGCACAAGGGGGGUCGCUGUGCCUGUCCCCAUGUGAUCCGAAAAGUGCUGGCAAAAUGCGGCUGCUGCUUCCCCCGGGGGGGACGUGAAUCCUAUUCUAUUGCUGGCAGUGAGGGGAGUAUCUCAGCUUCAGCUGCCUCGGGUCUGGCUGCCCCCUCUGGCCCCAGCUCUGGCCUCAGCUCUGGUCCCUGUUCCCCGGGCCCUCCAGGGCCAAUCAGUGGCCUGAGGAGAUGGCUGGAUCAUUCCAAACAUUGUCUCAGUGUGGAAACUGAGAUGGAUGGUGGCCAGGCAGGACCAUAUGAGAACUGGAUGCUGGAGCCAGCUCUAGCCACAGGAGAGGAGCUGCCGGGACUGACCCUGCUGACCACAUUGUUGGAGAGCCCUAGAGACAAGACUCAGCCAGCUGAGGAGGAGACUGCUUCCCAGGCCUCUGAGAGUGAGGAGGAGCAGAAGAAGGCGGCUCUGGAAAGGAGUAUGUAUGUCCUGAGUGAACUGGUAGAGACAGAGAAAAUGUACGUGGAGGACUUGGGGCAGAUUGUGGAGGGGUACAUGGCCACCAUGGCUGCUCAGGGGGUCCCCGAGAAUCUUCGAGGCCGUGACAGGAUUGUGUUUGGGAACAUCCAGCAAAUCUACGAGUGGCAUCGAGACUAUUUCCUGCAGGAGCUGCAGAAGUGUUUGGAGGAUCCUGAUUGGCUGGCUCAGCUAUUCAUCAAACAUGAGCGCCGGCUGCAUAUGUAUGUGGUGUACUGCCAGAAUAAGCCCAAGUCAGAGCAUGUGGUGUCAGAGUUUGGGGACAGCUACUUUGAGGAGCUUCGGCAGCAGCUGGGGCACCGCCUGCAGCUCAACGACCUCCUCAUCAAGCCUGUGCAGCGGAUCAUGAAAUACCAGCUGCUGCUCAAGGAUUUUCUCAAGUAUUAUAGCAGAGCUGGGAUGGAUACUGAAGAGCUGGAGCGAGCUGUGGAGGUCAUGUGCUUUGUGCCCAAGCGCUGCAAUGAUAUGAUGACUCUGGGAAGACUACGGGGCUUUGAGGGCAAACUGACUGCUCAGGGAAAGCUCUUGGGCCAGGACACAUUCUGGGUCACAGAGCCGGAGGCUGGGGGCCUGCUGUCGUCCCGGGGCCGAGAGAGGCGUGUCUUCCUCUUUGAGCAAAUCAUCAUCUUCAGCGAGGCCCUGGGAGGAGGAGUUAGAGGUGGAACACAGCCUGGAUAUGUGUACAAGAGUAGCAUCAAGGUGAGCUGUCUGGGACUGGAGGGGAACCUCCAGGGUGACUCUUGCCGCUUUGCACUGACCUCCAGAGGGCCAGAGGGUGGGAUCCAGCGCUAUGUCCUGCAGGCCACAGACCCUGCUGUCAGCCAGGCCUGGAUCAAGCAAGUGGCCCAGAUCCUGGAAAGCCAGCGGGACUUUCUCAAUGCAUUGCAGUCACCCAUUGAGUACCAGAGACGGGAGAGCCAGACCAACAGCCUGGGGCGGCCAGGAGGACCUGGUGUGGGGAGCCUUGGGAGACCUAGGCCUGGAGACCGGGCCCAGGUCAGCACAUACACCCCCAUCAAUGGAUCUCUCCCCUCCCUGCUGCUGUUGCCCAAAGGGGAGGUGGCCAGAGCUCCCCUGCCCCUGGACACACAGACCCCUAGUGACAUCCCCCAGGCUCCUCGUGACUCUCCUCCAGUCCCUCCAAUUCUGAACACCCCUCCUUGCCAGGCCAGACUUGCCAAGCUGGAUGAAGAUGAGCUAUAACUGGUAACUGGUGAAGGCCAUAAGGGUGGUGCUGACUCAGCCACUCUCUUCCCCAAGGAGCUUCGGGCCACCGUUCUGUUACCGCCCAGGAUUUCCUUUCCUCUCAGUGUGUCUGGAGGGUGGGCAAUGCUGGGAGCGGAGUCAGCUUGGAGGAAGGUACCUAUGCCCAAAAGGACUUUCUGCCCACGGGACCCAGGUUUCUUCAGCUCUCACCUUUAUGCAUGCAUCACAGGUCCCCCCAAAAGGAG